AAUCGCCAUUACUGCGCUGCGAUAGAAACAAAAGGGAAAGUCGUCUGUGAUUGAAGCCAAACAGCAGUACAACUUGGCUUUUUACGUAGGCAAUCAUAUCAAAAAUAGUAAAUAUAGAUUGUAACAGAUGGCGCAAAGUCCCACAAGCGGAGCCGUGAAGGCUCUACAGCUUGAACUGAAGAAAAUUGUGAGUGAGCCCGUCGAAGGCUUUCGUGUGAAACUGGUUGACGAUGAGAAUUUGUUCGAGUGGGAAGUGGCAAUUUUUGGCCCUCCUAGUACUCUCUACGAGGGUGGAUACUUUAAGGCAUUGAUGAAAUUCCCAUCAGAUUAUCCUUACUCUCCGCCGAGUGUGAAAUUCCUUACAAAGAUGUGGCAUCCAAAUGUAUAUGAAAAUGGGGAUGUGUGCAUAUCUAUACUUCACCCACCAAUCGACGACCCACAGAGCGGGGAGGAACCGUCUGAAAGAUGGAAUCCUACGCAAAAUGUUAGAACAAUAUUGCUCAGUAUCAUAUCUCUCCUGAACGAGCCGAAUACAUUCUCACCUGCCAAUGUAGAUGCCUCAGUCAUGUAUAGAAAAUGGAAGGACUCUAGAGGCAAAGAUAAAGAAUAUGAAACUAUAAUACGGAAACAGGUGCUAGGAACAAAGGAAGAUGCAGACAAAGAUGGUGUUAAAGUACCACUAACUUUGCAAGAAUAUUGUGUUUCAACUGCACCAAAAAAUGAACCUAUAAACGAUGUUGAUUUUUAUGAUGACGAUUAUGCUGACGAUGAUGAUGAUGACGAUGAUAUGUAUUACGAUGACGACGACGAUUCCGGGAACGAGGAAUCCUGAUCGUGAUUCAUGCCACCAUUGAAUUUUUCUGCUAAAUUAUCAUUCUCAUGUUGCAAAUAUGUAAAAUUGGAAUUUAAAAGCAAAAAUGAAGUUUGGAAAUUGAGAUCUUUCUACGUGUUUGAAUGUGUUGUGAUUCGAUAAUCUUCAGAUCAUGUUCAUAAGAGAAAAAAAGUUGAAUGUUUCAUGAUUUGAAAUUUCCCACGUCAAAUAUUUUUAGCGAAAAGAAAAUGAUGGCAGCAGAAGGGAAUAUGUAUAGCUGCAAGUUCAUCAUGUUUAGAUGUUAGCGGUACCGAGGGAUUCAAGCUUGUUAAUCUUGCUACCCCUAUAACCCAUAAUGUUGGACCAUAAAAGAAUCUCAGAAAAAUGGAGAUUGAAGAGUCCAUUAACUAUGUAUAGGGGUGAAAGGAUAAAUAAGGCUGAAGGAUAUUGUAAAGAAAUGAAGAAAUGUGAUGCAUGAUCUCACAUUAUUAAAUGCAGAAAUGUGAUGCGCAUUAAAUAAACAUUUUCUGGCUUUAAAAUAUGUAAAAUAAAAUACGAAAAUAGAAUUUCUGUAGGUUAUGGAAGAAAAGACAUGAAUGAUAUACAUGAAUCUAUAUUUGAAUAUUUGACUGUAGUUAAGCAUGGUAUCGGUAACUUAAUACACAUCCUUCAGCUUUGUUUAACAGCUUGCAAAUGAUUACUUAAGAGUAUGAAUGUUCCAUUUAAAUGCACUUCAUGGAAUUGAUAGGAAGGUUUAGAUUUCAUUAAGUCUGUGUGUACACCUAGUAAAUCUCUCUACUGUAAACUUACUGAUAUUCAUGGGGGUUUAAUUUUUGUGGAUUUUGAUGUUGUUGCACCAAUCCACAGAAUUAAAUCGCAAAUGAUUCAACAGAUUUUUCCAUCUACAUUAUCUGUAAAAUUUCAAAUCCAAGAAUUCAUGUCCUCGCGAAAUAGCCAUUUUGCAAGAAAUGUUUGUUUCCAUAAAAUCCCAUGGUUUCACAGUUUGUUUGAUGAAUUAAUUCAAACUCCAUACUGCAAUUCCUUUCUCCAGCAGUUACAUUUACUGUGAGUAUUUAGGACAAUGAAAAAUCGCAUUUGUUGCAAGGAAAUUCAAAUGUUCAUAUUUUCAAAUUAUAUUUUGAUUUUAUGUUUGCACCUACAUUGGACAUAUUUUUGGUAUUUAUCCGGAAAAUACUUCAGAUAGUGUCAUUAUCUAAAUAUAAAAUCAUACUAAAAAUAGAUUGAUUAGAAUUCUGGUGGCUGAGGUCUCUGCUGAAAGGGGAGACCACUGGAAUAAAUCGUGUGACGAUCUACACAUGGAAUUAAUGGACAUGGUCUUGAUUUGCAUGAUAAGGGUUAACAAGUCUAUUCAGUCUGGUAAAAAAUAUUCAGCAUUCUGAAAAUCCAGCCUCAGACGCUUAUUGAAGUUACUGGUAUGAUAAAUAAACAUGUACAUACAGUAGUGGAAUCUUAACCUCACUGUAUAUUGUGAUUUUCUCGGCCACUUUCUUAGGAUGGAUGUCAAAAUGGUUUAUUUGGCUCUUGUAUUAUUUCCUAGUAUAUGUAUGUGGAAAUUUUCUCUUUUUCUGCAAACUUUCCAUUCAUGUCUUUUUGUAAAACAAGCUCUAUGAAAUUUACUGGUACUUGACACCAAUAUAAAUUGAAUGAUAGCUGUCACACACACACACACACAAAAAAAAACAA